AUGGGUCUCAAGUACGAUAUCGACGAGAUAAAAGCCCGCCAGGACAGGCAGCGAGCCAUCAGCCCCGGCCCGCGCCGGUUCAUCCCAACAACAGUCCACGCAGAGGACGUGGAAUCCCCCACGAGCCCGCCUCCCAGCCCUAACGAGGCCCCCAUCACAGCCCCCAGCCAGGAAGACGGGUACCCCGCAUCCCCGGACUUCGCAGCCCUAGCGCAGGAACAGCCGCUUGCAGCCCCAGACUUCGACCUCGAGCGCCAGCACCCCUACGGCUUAGACCCCGUAACAGGCGCGCAGCUCGGCCUGAACCCGCCCCUCAUCUUCCCCGACCCUCCGCUCCCCCCAUUCGGCGCCCAGGCCGUGGGCAUCUCACUGACGGGCCAGGGCGCCGUGUACGGUGCGACCGGCCGCGUGGUGGGCCACCUGCCCCUGCCGGUUGUCGUGCAGGUUGUGCCCGAGCGGCCGGCGGAGAGCUGGCGGUUUGAGCGGAUGGGUGAGGAGGAUGUGAGGAGCUUGAUGGCCGAGUCGAGGCGCAUUGUAAUGCAGGGGAUUCCGGAGGUGGGGGCGGUUACGCGGGGAUGGUGGGCGAAUAUGGGGGGGUUGUGGGUGGGCGAGGGGAGGGUUGUGAGGGUUUGGCAUAAUGUGCAGAUGCUGUUUGUGGAUAUGUAA